AUGAUGGAGUCGGGGGUUCCUAUGUGCAAAAUUUGCGGUGAACAUGUGGGAUUCGACUCCAAUGGGGAAGUUUUUGUAGCUUGUCAUGAGUGCUAUGAUCCCAUUUGCAAGGCCUGUCUGGGCAGUGAAAUCAGGGAAGGGCGCAAGUCGUGCACUCAGUGUGGCACUCCGUAUUAUGAAUGGACAGAGAACUCAGCUGUCGCAGAAGAAGAAUCAGGAAAUCAUAUGACAAUGGGAAGUCACCUAAAUCCUUCCGUGGAUGCAACUCAUGCUAGAAACAUUAGUAGUGUCUCUACGGCGGACAGUGAGUAUAUUAAUGAAUCUGGUAACCCUAUAUGGAAGAAUCGGGUGGAAAGUUGGAAGGAAAAGAAAAACAAGAAGAAAAAACCAGCGAAGAAAGAUAAAAAGGAAGCCGAAAUUCCACCCCAAGAGGAGAUGGAAGAAAAUCCACAACAAGUGGAUGCUGCACAGCCACUUUCAAGAAUAGUUCCAAUACCGAAAUCUCAACUUGCACCAUACAGAACUGUGAUCAUAAUGCGAUUGAUUAUCCUUGCACUUUUCAUCCAUUAUCGAGUAACGCAUCCUGUUGAUAGCGCUUAUCCUCUGUGGCUCACUUCUGUCAUCUGUGAGAUCUGGUUUGCAUUUUCCUGGAUAUUGGAUCAGUUCCCUAAAUGGUCUCCGAUAAAUCGGGAUACAGAUAUUGACAGGCUAUCCGCAAGGUAUGAAAGAGAGGGGCAACUGUCUGAACUUGCUGCCGUGGAUUUCUUUGUUAGUACAGUCGAUCCUCUGAAAGAACCUCCUUUGAUUACGGCAAACACAGUUCUCUCCAUCCUUUCAGUGGACUACCCUGUUGAUCAAGUUUCGUGCUAUGUUUCUGAUGAUGGUGCAGCGAUGCUUACAUUUGAGUCACUUGUUGAAACUGCUGAAUUUGCAAAAAAAUGGGUUCCUUUCAGCAAAAAGUUUAAUAUUGAACCACGUGCACCCGAGUUUUACUUCUCACAGAAGAUUGAUUACUUGAAGGAUAAAAUACAGCCUUCUUUCGUCAAAGAACGCAGAGCAAUGAAAAGAGAUUAUGAAGAGUACAAAGUGCGCAUAAAUGCUUUAGUAGCAAAGGCGCAAAAAACACCAGAUGAGGGCUGGACCAUGGCAGAUGGAACCCCUUGGCCUGGAAAUAACACCCGUGACCACCCUGGCAUGAUUCAGGUGUUUUUAGGCCAUAGUGGUGCCCACGACAUAGAGGGAAAUGAGCUUCCUCGAUUGGUUUAUGUCUCAAGAGAGAAGAGACCUGGUUAUCAACAUCACAAAAAGGCCGGUGCUGAAAAUGCUCUGGUAAGAGUGUCUGCUGUUCUCACGAAUGCACCUUAUAUUCUCAACCUUGACUGUGAUCACUACGUUAACAAUAGCAAGGCAAUUCGAGAGGCAAUGUGUUUCUUGAUGGAUCCUCAAGUGGGCCGAGAUGUAUGUUAUGUGCAGUUUCCUCAGAGGUUUGAUGGAAUUGAUAAGAGCGACAGAUAUGCCAAUCGCAACACAGUUUUCUUUGAUGUUAACAUGAAAGGGUUGGAUGGCAUUCAAGGACCGGUUUAUGUUGGGACAGGUUGUGUCUUCAAUAGACAAGCUCUUUAUGGUUAUGGGCCUCCCAAUUUGCCCAGCUUACCCAAGACUUCAUCUUGCUCGUGGUGCACCAGCUGCUGUUGUUGCUGUCGACGCAAGAAGCCUGCAAAAGAGAAAGAUUUCGCAGAGGUUUACCGUGAUGCAAAAAGGGAAGAUCUUAAUGCUGCCAUCUUUAACCUUAGGGAGAUCGAAAGUUACGAUGACAAUGAAAGGUCACUGAUCAUCUCUCAGAUGAGCUUUGAGAAAACUUUUGGAUUGUCUGCCGUUUUUAUUGAGUCCACACUAAUGGAAAAUGGAGGACUGCCAGAAUCUGCCAAUCCAUCAAUGCUAAUUAAAGAAGCAAUCCAGGUCAUCAGCUGUGGGUAUGAGGAAAAGACUUCAUGGGGUAAAGAGAUUGGCUGGAUAUAUGGAUCAGUUACAGAGGAUAUCUUGACGGGGUUCAAGAUGCACUGCCGUGGAUGGAGAUCAAUUUACUGCAUGCCCUUAAGGCCUGCAUUCAAGGGAUCGGCACCAAUCAACUUGUCCGAUAGGCUGCACCAGGUGCUUCGAUGGGCCCUGGGAUCAGUCGAGAUUUUCUUGAGUAGACAUUGUCCUCUGUGGUAUGGAUUUGGUGGUGGCCGCCUCAAAUGGCUCCAAAGGCUUGCAUAUAUCAACACCAUAGUCUAUCCUUUCACAUCUCUUCCACUAAUUGCAUAUUGCUUGAUACCUGCCAUAUGCCUUCUAACUGGGAAGUUCAUUAUUCCAACGCUGUCAAAUCUUGCAAGUGUACUGUUCCUUGGGCUCUUUUGUUCCAUCAUUGCCACCAGUGUCCUCGAGUUGAGGUGGAGUGGCAUAAGCAUUGAGGAUUGGUGGCGUAACGAGCAGUUUUGGGUUAUUGGAGGCGUCUCAGCCCAUCUCUUUGCUGUAUUCCAAGGUUUCCUGAAAAUGCUUGCUGGACUAGACACAAACUUUACCGUUACUGCCAAAGCAUCAGACGAUGGAGAGUUUGGGGAGCUCUACAUCAUUAAAUGGACAACUGUUUUGAUCCCUCCAACAUCAAUUCUCAUUAUAAACAUGGUUGGUGUAGUUGCUGGAUUUUCCGAUGCCUUAAACAAGGGAUAUGAAGCAUGGGGACCUUUAUUCGGCAAGGUUUUCUUUGCAUUCUGGGUGAUACUUCAUCUCUACCCAUUCCUUAAGGGUCUCAUGGGGCGACAAAACCGGACUCCAACCAUUGUUAUUUUAUGGUCUGUACUUUUGGCAUCGGUUUUCUCUCUUGUUUGGGUGAAGAUAGAUCCAUUUGUAAGCAAAAAUGAUACUUCUACCAUUUCUCAAGGCUGCAUUGCCAUUGACUGUUAA